GCAAACUGACUCCCCUUUCCUGUCCUCUCCGCUCCCGCUUUUACACUCCCUCUCAGACUUUAUCUGGUUUGCCCUGCAAGAGGAUCACCCUCGUUUCACUCUGACGACGGGAUAAGACAAGAAAGAGACAUGGCUUUCCUGCACAUUUUCUUCUCCGUGGCUCUUCCUAUUUUUCUCCAGACUUCGCAAGUAUGGGCCAAGGUGGAUGUCACCAUGGAGGACAGCGUGGAGGUGCACGUGGGAGAGAGGGUGGAGAUCCCCUGUGUUUACUCCAUCACUGAGGAGUCCAGCACCGUGAUGGUGCAGUGGUUUGUGAAACGUUGGUCCAGCAGCCAGCGGGAGAGGAUCUACUACGGAGACGAGAGCAUGCAGAUUGUGGACAGCGACACGGACUUCACGGGGCGGAUCACCAUCAGCCCGGCCGACGAGCGCGGCGAGAUGGUGCUGACCAUACAGGAGGUGCAGCUCGGGGACGAGCGGGAGUUCAUCUGCCAAGUGAACGGCAUGUCGGCCGGGAACGCCGAAGGGAAAACCCUGCUCAAGGUUUUCGAUCCCCCAGAAGCCCCCGUCAUCGAGGGAGUCCAUUCUGGAAUAACUGUGUCCACCCCGUACCCGUCAAAGAUUGCAUCCUGUGAAGCCCGGAAUGGCUACCCCAGACCUAACAUCACCUGGUACCGCAACCUCACCCCACUGAUCCCCUUGAAUGACAAGGUUAACGUGGUUACCCUGGUGACCCGGGAGUCCAGCAGCCUGUACACCAUUCAGAGUGAGCUGCACUACAAGGUGGCAAAGGAAGACAAGGACGCAUUUUUCCACUGCGAGGUCAGCUAUGCUGUCCCUGCAGCCGUGGGGACGGCCGAGUCGAAGCGCAUCAACGUCACCGUCCACUACCCAACCGAAGUCGUGGAGCUCUGGAAGGAGUCCCCCAAAGGGCUGGUGAAAGAGGGGGAUACUGUGCAAAUCCGUUGCCAUGGAGAUGGGUACCCCCCACCACCUUUUACUUUCACCAGAGAGAAACAGCCGGAAGUGGAUCUGGACUCCCACCAGGACUUGCUGGUUCUGGAGGACGUGACCCGGGCUGACAGUGGGGUCUAUAGGUGCCAUGCCCUGGACCUGGACACUUAUGCUGAGGCUGUGGGUGACAUGCAGCUGACUGUGCACUACCUGGACCCCGCUGUGGUGGUGCCCAGAGACACAGAGAUUCUGCUGAAGGGGGAGAGCCUGACGGCCACCUGCAAUGCCCAGUGCUCCGCGGCCACCUCCACUGUCUGGUUCAAGGAUGGAGAAUCUGUCGGGAAGGGUCACAAGCUGUUCCUGCAGGACGUCUCGUUCGAUGCCAUGGGGGAGUACGUCUGUGAGGUGACAGCGCCCUCUCUGCCAGGACUGCAGACCAGCGGCUCAGUGCGCAUCGUUGUUCAGGGGGCUCCUGAGAUGGAGGGGCUGGAAAGGCCUGUCGAGCUGGAAGAGGACAUGGAUAAGUGGGUGAACCUGUCCUGCGAAGCUCGAGGACACCCCAAACCCACCAUAACCUGGAGCGUCACAGGAAGUCAGACCUGGCGUGAGUCACCGCUCAAGGUGGCUGAGAACAGUGUCCACAGUUCAGUGGCCAUCAAGGUGACCUCUGACACCCAAGUCUCCUGUAACGCCACCAAUGACAUGGGGACAGAUGCAAGGUUCUUCAGCAUCGAAGCCAUUCCAGUGGUCACAUCACCCGCUGCUAGCACUGCAGUCACAGUAAGAGUGACGCCUCCAAGGAGAGUCCAAAAAGAGGGCAACGGCGUGAUCAUCAUUGUCAUCAUCGUCUGCAUCCUCCUCCUGGCUAUCCUGGGCAGUGUGCUCUACUUUCUGUACAAGAAAGGCAAAAUUCCCUGCGGGCGGUCUGGCAAACAGGAAAUCACUAAGGAGAAGACUGGUAAAGAUGACAUUGUCGUAGAAAUGAAGCAAGACAAGACUGAGGAGGCGGUCCUUCUAAAGGGAAUCAAUGGUGACAAGAAGGCCCACAGCGACCAGUGAGGAGCGCAUUGACCUCUGGGAUGGACGGGGGGGUAACAGCAGAGCUCUGAAAAAGCCCUCCCUUGCUCUGCUCAGCUCCACUUUGCCCGGGGAGCCCUUCCUGGAAACACCUGUGCAGAGGCCACCGCUGCCCCGGGAAAAGGCCCCUCACACUCUGCUUUUCACUAUUUAAGAGUCUGUCCAAAUCCGGUUUAAUUACGCCUCUAGCUCCGUAUCUUUUGGGUUAUUUUUCAAUGUUUCUGUAUUUUUUGGACAGAAAAUACCAUCAGUUUUUUUUUUUUUUUUUUUUUGCUUUUUGAAUUACUUUUUUGGUUUCUUUUUUUCCUCCAAAACAGUUGUUUGUUUUUUUAUUUCAUUUGCCAUGUGUAAGAUAAUCUGCCCUUUGCUACUGUCCUCUCAAAAAGUGUAUAUAUUAUAUAAAUAUAUAUAUUUAGUUAUUUAAGAUUAACCGCCUGGGAACCCUUUCCGAGUCCAGAAACCCUUUGGUCAUGACCGCAGUUUUGAGUUUGUAUACGGUUGUGUUUUUUGUUUUUGUGCAUCUGGUGGUUGGAACUUUUUUUAAUUCUUGAUUUUUGAUUGGUGGAGAGGGAUAAUAAUGGCAGAUGGGACAGGAAGGCCAUGGAUCCUUGUCUCAGAAUCAUAUCUGCUGUUACACAUCCCAUCCCCGUUUCCCUUGCUGGCUGUGCCACACUGGCUCCUGUAUACUGUGAGGACACGGUCUUUACACUGAAACAUUUUUUUGGGUAGGAUGAAGCAGGAAAGGAUCACUCCCCCUGCUCCCCCAGCUCUGUGCAGAUUCAUCACUCACUGUCCACUGUACAGCAGCAAGCAUGCUUUAGCAAUUAAUGUCUCUCCCCCAACAAAAACCCGGAUAAAUCCACACAUUAAUAGUAAUACUACUGCCAUUUAUGUCAUAGAUAUUAGAAAGAGCAAUGUUAUACGCUUGGGUCAUGAUCCUGCUGUUGCUCAGUAGCAUCUGUGAAAGCCAGAGAGCUUGCAAUGCCUGUGUGUGUGGAACGUCGAUCCCCUCUGUUCAAGUGGUUCUGUUUUAGGGAAAGUGCCCAGGGGGCCUAAGAUUUUGAAGGACAGUGUUAGUGGGCUGGUGUGGGUCCACCUCUCUUGUCUUUGUAGCGGAGAGUUGAAGCCAUGUUGGUGACGGCGAGGACCGUGACGUUUGAGAAGGACACGGUGUUGAACUCCUCUCGUCUGUCAAGCUAAAAGGGAGGGUGGACUCCCGGUCACCCGUCCGUCAUCCUUUCCAGGUGACUGUGUAUCACAGGUUGUCUUGAGAACAUGUGGGAGGUACCGUGCCUUGCCUCUCUUUUUGUUGGG